UUUCCAGUCGAACGCGUCUCCCGGGCUCGCGAGGGGGUUGCCGGGGGUCGCUGGGUGUCGAUGGGGGUCGAGGGGGUGGCAGGUGUAGUGGAAGGCGCUCAAGCUGUUUACCCUAUAUACAAAACUGUUGAUGUUAAAUCUAAUAGAAACAACGAACACAACAAGCUGGAACUGGCGCUCGUCCUCAAACAGGGCCCCCACGACCGGCCGACACGCUCAUUGGCCACCGACUGGCUGACUGGCCGACUGGCCGACUGGCAGGAACAGUCUGCUUCGUGGCGGAGGAGGCCGGGAGAAUGGAGCCGGCGCGAGCGGAAGGAAAGCCUCGCUAAUUACUCGCAGCCCGCAGCAAAGACAGCCAGCAUCCUGAGGGGGAGAGCCUACCACUCACACUACACCGAUAAACUACACUCACCACACAACACGUGGCGGUGGGCGGUGGUGGGUGGUGGCGCGCGGUGGCGAGACGGCUCCGCGCCGCGGUGCGAGUAA